AUGAGUGACCAACUCUGCAAACUAUUCGUCGGUGGACUGAAUGUGGACACCGAUGACGAUGGCCUGCGCAAACAUUUUGAGCAGUACGGUACUCUCACCGACUGUGUCGUUGUCGUGAACAAGCAGCUUCAGCGGUCUCGCUGUUUCGGCUUUGUGACCUACUCGUCACCAGAGGAGGCCGACGCAGCCAUGGCGGCCAGGCCGCACACCGUCGAUGGCAACGCUGUCGAAGUAAAGCGGGCCGUGGCGAGGGAGGAUGCCAACAAACCCGAAGCCCUCGCUAAAGUCAAGAAAAUUUUCGUAGGUGGUCUGAAAGACGACAUCGAGGAAGAACACCUCUCCGAAUACUUUUCUCAGUACGGCCAAGUCGAGAAGGCCGAAGUCAUCUCAGAGAAGGAGACCGGUAAGAAAAGGGGCUUCGGCUUUGUGUACUUCACCGAUCACGAUGCGGCCGAUAAGGCUGUUGUGGUGAAGUUUCACACCGUCAAUGGACACAAAGUUGAAGUUAAGAAGGCAUUGACCAAGCAGGAAAUGCAGGCAGCCAACAGAACCGGAAUGGCGCCGAGGGGCCGACCAGGCAGAGGCAUGAGGGGAAAUCAAAAUGGCUACGGCGGCAGGGAUUAUGGCGGAAACUACAACUACGGAAAUGGCGGAGGCUACAACUGUGGCAGCUACGGGGGCUACGGAGGGCCCUAUGGGGGUGGCUACGGCGACCAGGGAAGCGGCUAUGGGGGAGGCAAUGGCUACAGCGACUUUGGUAGCGGCUACGGCCAGCAUUCUUCAGGGUAUGGUCCAAUGAAGGGGCCUUUCGGGGGCCAGCGGAGCGCUGCUCCCUACACCAGAGGCGGCGGCGGAGACCUCAAAACCCAAACAGGUUGCUAUGGUCAUUCUGAUUGGUCAUCUCCUUCUCAGGUUAAUGGUGCAUGAUGGAUUUCUGAUCACCCCUAGGAAAAGAAACUCCUGUUAUAUUGACUGCUUUGUUCUGAAUGCACAAUAAAUUUACAUAUUUUUAUAUACCAAAGGCCUUGUUAUAUUUUUACACUGGGGAUAGCUUGGUUUAUUUUUACACAGGUACCUGUGACAGAAGUUGUCCGAAAGGUGGUAAGGACAAAGGUCCAAAGCUGAUGGAUGUACACGCUUCCCUCGGCUCAGUGGGACUUAUAACUCCCAAUUAUUAUUCAAUCAAAAGUCAAAUGUUGCAUUGAUUUUUGAUGAGUCCAAAGUUGGAAAUCUGUGAAAUGGCUGUUUAUCUCAGCACAAGCUGCCGACCUAAAACGGUUUGCAUUAGUGUGGUAAAACCUUUUUAUAUGAAUAUAGGGAGCAUACUUUCAUAGACUUGGGGUACAGACAUGGAUUUGGGUUUAAUGGGGAAAAUAUUG